AUGGCGGUCAACUUUCCCAAGGAGGAGGAGCGCAUCCUCGCCCAGUGGACCAUCAAUGCCUUCCAAAGGCAACUCGAGUUGUCGGCGCAAAGGAAACCCUACACCUUCUACGAUGGCCCUCCCUUCGCUACCGGCACACCUCACUACGGCCAUUUGCUGGCAUCCACCAUCAAGGACAUCAUCCCUCGUUACUGGUCUAUGAAGGGACACCAUGUCGAGCGUCGUUUCGGCUGGGACACCCACGGUGUGCCCAUCGAGCAGAUCAUCGACAACAAGCUUCAAGAAGAGCUGGGCGUGCGUGGUCGCAAGGCUGUUGAGCAGAUCGGUAUCGCCGAGUACAAUCGCAGAUGUCGCGAGGUUGUCAUGACCUACGCUCAGGAGUGGAGAAGAGUUGUUGGACGUUUGGGAAGAUGGAUCGACUUUGACAAUGACUACAAGCAGCUCUACGAAAAGGACCUUGUCUACCACGGUGCAAAGGUCCUGCCUUACUCGACCGCCCUCAGCACCCCUCUCAGCAAGUCUGAGGCCCAAGAAGACUACCGUGAUGUCUCGGACCCGGCCGUCAUCAUCAACUUCCCCAUCCUCGGUCGCGAGAACGAAUACUUCCUUGCCUGGACCACCACUCCCUGGACCCUGCCUUCACACACCGGUCUCUGUGUGCACCCCGACUUCGAAUACAUCAAGAUUCACGAUCAAGAGACGGACAAGAGGUACAUUCUGCUCGAGGUUGGUCUCAAGAUGCUGUACAAGGACCCCAAGAAGGCAAAAUACACUGUUCUGGAGAAGAUGAAGGGUUCCGAGCUGCUUGGAGUUGAGUACGAGCCUCCGUUCGACUACUUCAAGGAGGAGUUCAAGGGUGUCGGUUUCAAGGUUCUCAACGACACAUACGUCAAGGUCGACGAGGGUGUCGGUAUCGUUCACCAGUCUCCGGCAUUUGGUGAGGACGAUUACCAAGUCGCCUGGAAGGCUGGUGUCAUCAACGAGAAGCGUGCUCCUCCUAACCCCCUGGACCCCUCAGGACACUUCACCUCGCAGGUCCGCGACUUUGAGGGUCAACACGUCAAGGCUGCCGACAAGGACAUCAUCAAGUACCUGGAGAAGGCUGGCCGUCUCGUCAAGAAGAGCCAGAUUGUCCAUAGAUACCCUCACUGCCCUCGCUCAAAGACUCCCCUCAUCCAGCGCGCUGUCCCUUCUUGGUUUAUCAAGGUUGAGCACGUUGUUCCCAAGCUCCUUGAGAACCUCGAGAAGACCCACUGGGUCCCUGGCUUCGUCAAGGAUGGUCGUUUCCACAACUGGCUCGCAUCGGCAAAGGACUGGAACGUGUCAAGAAACCGCUUCUGGGGUACUCCCAUUCCUCUCUGGGUCAGCAGCGACUUCAAGGAGGUCGUCUGUAUCGGCAGCAUUGCUGAGCUGAAGGAGCUCAGUGGUUACACUGGUGAGAUUACUGAUCUUCACAGAGACACAGUCGAUGGUAUCACCAUCCCCAGCAAGCAGGACAACGGUGAGCUUCGUCGUAUCGAGGAAGUCUUCGACUGUUGGUUCGAGUCGGGUAGCAUGCCCUACGCUUCCCAGCACUACCCCUUCGAGAACAAGGAUACCUUCCACGACAAGUUCCCCGGUGAUUUCAUUGCUGAGGGUCUUGAUCAGACCCGUGGUUGGUUCUACACCAUGUCUCUUCUUGGUACCUUCUUGUUCGACACCUUCCCUUACAAGAACUGUGUCGUCAACGGUAUCGUCCUUGCUGAGGACGGCAAGAAAAUGUCAAAGUCGCUCAAGAACUACCCCGACCCCAACCUCAUCAUGGACAAGUACGGUUCCGACCCUCUCCGUCUUUACAUGAUCAACUCUCCUGUCGUUCGUGCCGAGCCUCUGCGUUUCCAGGAACAAGGUGUUAAGCAGAUUGUCUCGAGUGUCAUCCUUCCUCUUUGGAACAGUUACAACUUCUUCGAGCAGCAAGUUGCUCUCCUCAAGAAGCAGUCCGACAUUGACUUCAUGUACGACACUUCCAUCGAGGCCAAGAACACUAACGUCAUGGACAAGUGGAUUCUUGCUUCUUGCCAGUCUCUGCUCAAGUUUGUCAACAACGAGAUGUCGGUAUACCGUCUCUACACUGUCGUGCCUCGUUUGCUCGAGUUGAUCGACAACACCACAAACUGGUACAUUCGUUUCAACCGCAGACGUCUGAAGGGUGAGACUGGUCAGGACGACGCUCUUCACGCUCUUAACACUCUCUUCGAGGUCAUCUACACCAUGGUUAGAGGACUCGCUCCCUUCGUUCCCUUCAUCACCGACAACAUCUACCAGCGCAUCUCCAAGCACAUUCCCGAGAGCUUGCACUACGAAGACAUGCGUUCGGUCCACUUCCUCCCUUACCCCGAGGUUCGUGAGGAGCUAUUCGACGAGGUUGUUGAGAGACGUGUCAAGCGCAUGCAAGUCGUCAUUGAGCAAGGUCGUCUUUGCCGUGAGAGAAGAACCGUUUCGCUCAAGACUCCUCUGAAGUCAUUGGUCGUCAUCCACUCCGACCCUCAAUACCUCGAGGAUGUCAAGAGUCUUGAGUCGUACAUUGUCGAGGAGCUCAACAUCCGUGACCUUAUCCUCAGCUCUGAUGAGGAGAAGUACCACGUGCAAUACUCUGCUCUUGCUGAUGUCAAGUCAUUGGGCAUCAAGUUCAAGAAGGAUGCCGCCAAGAUCAAGAAGGCCAUCCCUAACCUCUCAUCUACCGACAUCAAGUCGUUCAUGUCAAGUGGCGAAAUCACCAUUGAAGGUUGCCACCUCUCAAGUGAGGACCUCAGAGUGCAGCGUGGCAUUCAGCAAACACCCGAGACCAAGCACCUCGAGGUGUCGGUCGACGACAACUGCCUCGUCAUUCUCGACAGCUUUGCAUACCCCGAGCUCGCACAAGAAGGUAUGGCCAGAGAGUUCGUCAACAGGGUGCAACGCCUGCGCAAGAGUGCCGGCCUCGUACCUACAGAUGACGUGCGCAUGGUGUACAAGGUUGUCAAAGACGACAACAACGAAGUUGACAGCAUGUUCAAGGAGCAAAAGUCUCUGUUCGACAAGGCCAUUCAGGGCGAGAUCCAACGCGAGGAUGCUGCCACUGAGGGCGCAUUGGCGGAAGAGGAUGCCAACGUUAGAGAUGUGCUGGUCAAGUUGAUGCUGUUCAAGCUAUGA